AUGAAGUUAGGACGAGACUGUCUUCAUCCGGUGAAUUCUCCGUUAGUAGGUUUUGGUGGGAUGAAGGUGCAGCCCGUGGGUACUGUUACAUUACCAGUGGUAGUUGGGGCAUAUCCACAGCAAGUCACCAAGGACGUGAGUUUCCUGGUAGUAGACUGUUCGUCCUCCUAUAAUGCCAUAAUUGGGAGGCCAACUUUGAAUAGUUGGAAAGCAGUUACGUCCACCUACCACCUAUCAGUCAAGUUCCCAACAGACUAUGGAGUAGGGCAGGUGCAAGGAGAUCAACUGGCUGCGAGAGAGUGUUACUUGGCUAUGUUGGCCACGGACGAGCAAGUGCAGACCAUGACUAUUGAAGAAAAAAGGGUCGUGGUGGAACCUAUUGAAGUGUUGGAAGAUGUUCCCUUAGACGAAAGGAACCCUGAGAGAUGUACCAGGGUGGGGGCAGAUCUAGAAGGAGGAAUUAAAGAAAACCUUGUCCAGUUUUUGAGGAAGAAUGUAGAUGUGUUUGCUUGGAGUCAUGAGGAUAUGCCUGGAAUAGAUCCUAAUGUCAUCACCCAUCGCCUGAAUGUAUGUCUAUCCUCGAAGCCAAUACGACAAAAGAAAAGGGUGUUUGCUCCUGAGAGAGAAAACGCUAUUAAAGACGAGGUUCAAAAAUUGAUUGCAGCGAAGUUUAUCAGAGAGGUGUACUAUCCGGAUUGGUUGGCCAACGUAGUAAUGGUCAAAAAGGCGAACGGAUACAACCAGAUACGGAUGGACGAGGUUGACCAGGAGAAGACCUCAUUUGUUACUAGUCAGGGCUUGUUCUGUUAUGAAGUAAUGCCCUUCGGAUUGAAAAACGCUGGAGCAACGUAUCAACGACUGGUAAAUCACAUGUUCCGCCCCCAGAUUGGGCAAAAUGUCGAAGUGUAUGUGGAUGAUAUGUUAGUGAAAAGUUUGGAAGAGGCUAAGCAUUUAGACGACUUGCAAGAAACCUUCAACACACUCAGGCGAUACAGUAUGAAGUUGAACCCCAGUAAAUGUGCUUUCGGAGUGGCUUCGGGAAAAUUUCUUGGAUUCAUGGUCUCACACAGGGGGAUCGAGGCCAAUCCAGAAAAGAUCAAGGCAAUCCUAGAAAUGAAGCCUCCACAGACUAUUAAAGAAGUUCAAUCUCUCACCGGGCGAGUUGCCGCCCUCAACAGGUUUGUCUCCAAAGCUACUGACAAGUGUUUGCCAUUUUUCAAGGUUCUAAAGAAAGCAUUCGAAUGGACGGAUGAGUGCCAAAGAGCCUUCCAAGAUUUGAAGACGUAUCUUGUCAUGCCCCCGCUGCUAAGUCCGUCCGUGGCAGGAGAGGAACUGUUCUUGUACUUGGCGGUGACCCCGCAUGCUGUGAGCUCAACACUGAUAAGGGAGGAAGCAAAAAUACAAAAGCCAGUGUAUUACACCAGUAGGGCAUUGAGGGGGGCGGAAGGGCGAUAUCCGCUAAUAGAAAAGCUGGCCUUCGCGCUCAUCACGGCUUCCAAGAAGUUAAGACAUUACUUCCAAGCCCAUGUAAUCAAUGUUAUGAUAGAUCACCCACUUAAGAAAGCUAUGAACAAGUUGGAAGCCGCAGGACGUCUGAUCCAAUGGGCGGUCGAACUUAGCGAGUUUGAUAUCCGAUACCAACCAAGACAUGCUAUUAAGGCUCAAGCCCUGGCAGACUUUAUUGCGGAGUUCACUCCAAGAUGCAACGAUGAAGUGCAGGAGGAUAAAAAUUGGGUGGUCCAUGUAGAUGGCUCGUCCACACAGCAUACAGGAGGAAUAGGGGUAGUUUUGCAAUCCCCUGAAGGAGACAAGUUGAAGCAUAGAGUCCGUCUGCAAUAUCGACCAACUAACAAUGAGGUGGAGUAUGAAGCUCUGCUUAAAGGGCUAGAAUUGGCUAAGUCUGUAGAAGCGGAGUCAGUUCUCGUCCUGGGAGACUCUUCGCUAGUAAUGGGCCAAAUAAAUGGGACAUAUGAGGCGAAAGAAGAGCGAAUGAAAAAGUACUUGGAAAGGGUAUUACAGUUUGUGAAAAAAUUCAAGAAAACUAACUUCAUUCAAAUCCCGAGGGAAGAGAAUGUGGAAGCAGAUACCUUAGCGAAGGAAGCCUCAGCAACCGGAACAACCGACCAGUAUGAUGAAAUUCAGUACGUCCCGAGUGUAGAUCUCCCGGAAGUGCAGCAAAUAGGGAAUGAAGAAAAUUGGAUGACACCAAUCGUCUCGUAUCUAAAGGACGGGAGACUUCUGGAAGCAAGAGACGAAGCUAAGAAACUCAGGAUAAAAGCAGCCAGGUAUGUCCUUAUGGACGAAGUUCUUUACAAGAGGGGCUUUUCUCAACCUUAUCUCAGGUGUCUGGCCCCAGACGAGGCGAACUACGUGCUGAGGGAAGUCCAUGAAGGAACCUAUGGAAACCAUUCAGGAGCCAGGUCGCUCAUCCACAAAGUCGUCCGUGCAGGGUACUAUUGGCCAACUGUUCAAGUGGAUGCCAAAGCUUAUGUCAAGGCAUGCGACAAAUGCCAGCGAUUCAGUAAUGUCCCCAGACAACCAUCCGAGUAUCUCACUCCAAUGAUGGCCCCGUGGCCCUUUGCUCAAUGGGGCCUAGAUAUCCUGGGUCCAUUUCCACUUGGAACUAGACAGAUGAAAUUCUUGGUGGUAGGGAUUGACUAUUUCACUAAGUGGGUGGAAGCAGAACCAUUGGCACACAUUACACAGCAGAAUGUAAAGAACUUCGUCUGGAAGAAUAUAGUGUGCAGGACGAUAGUGAGGACCCCUACAGGGGAGACCCCUUUUAAACUAGCCUAUGGAAGUGAAGCAGUUAUACCUGCGGAAGUGCACAUGGCUAACCAUAGGGUGAUGUCAUAUGAGGAGAAGGAUAACGAGGAGCAACUCCGCUUGAACCUCGAUCUUAUAGACGAAGUAAGGACAGAAGCAGAGCACAGGGCAGCGAAGUACAAGAACCUCAUGGCUAGGCAAUAUGAUGCAAGGGUGAAACCAAGACGUUUCAACAUAGGAGAUCUUGUCCUGAGGAAGGUCUCUUUAGCAACCAAGAACUCAGCUCAUGGGAAAUUGGGCCCCAAUUGGGAAGGACCCUAUAGAGUCAUCAACUUCAAAAGACAAGGAUCCUAUUACCUGGAGGCCCUGGACGGGAGAAAGCUAGAACAUCCUUGGAACGUGGAGCACCUGAGGAGGUACUACCAGUAG